UCAAUUCGCGCGUUGCAUUGUGGAUCCCGUGCCGGUCGUUUGGUUGGCUUGUAGUGUAUGAGAUUGUGAUGGUGUAUGGCAGGAAUAGGAGCUGCUGUGUUACAAACAACAGCUAGCCUCCUUCAAGAGGAGCCUCGAUGCCAUGGCCUCAGGCCACAGCUCCUCCUCAGCGCCUCACUCAAGCAGAGGCGGCGGCAGUGAUGGCUUUUACCGGAAGGGUCAAGAGCACUCAUCCAGACACUACCGAUCUGUCUGCCCCCUACCUGAUGUCUGCCCCAAAGAGCCCACAGGGGAGACCCGUGGGCUCUGUGAUGGUCCGUCUGUGGUGGCAGACCAGCACCGCUGGACCAUCUACAGUUCAAAGGUCAAUCUGCCGGCUGCAUUAAACGACCCUCGUCUGGCCAAGAGAGAGUCGGACUUCUUCACCAAAACCUGGGGUCUUGAUUUUGCGGAAACCGAAGUCAUGCCCUCGUUCUACCUCCCCAACAUCACAAAGGAGCACUUCGCUCCGUACCUGCAGGAGAUGUCUCAGAAAGAGAAAAUCCAUGAGCGUUGCAGAGCCAUCUGUCCCAACAAGGAUGAUCCUGACUCAGUCUCCAGCAUAACACAUAACCAUGAAAAAGCUCGAACGGAACUGGAACAGGUACCUAAGAUCUUCAUGAGGCCUGAUUUUGUAUUGAAUGACCCCGUGACCUUCAACGCUGUGUUGCCAUGGUCACACUUCAGUGUUGCCAGCGGAAAGAAUCGGGACGCGUCAUCAUCCCGGCUCCUCCAGGAGAAGCUGAGUCACUACCUGGACGUGGUGGAGGUGUGCAUCGCCCGUCAGAUCUCGCUGCGCUCCGAGGCGUUCUUCCACGCCAUGUCCUCCCAGCACGAGCUGCAGGACCGGCUGCAGAAGACCACGCACGCCGUGGCUAAGCUGCGCAGCCGCAUGGCCAACAUGGAGCGCGUGAUGUGCGCGGGGCCCCUGAGGGCCCUCCAGCAGACGCUGACGCGGAGCAACUGCGUGCGCCUGCACAGUAAGCUGAAGCUCAUGGCCGCCGUGCACCAGACGCAGCCCACCGUGCAGCUGCUGCUCUCCACCUCCGAGUUCGUGGGCGCGCUGGAGCUCAUCGCCACCACCAAGGAGGUGCUGCAGCAGGAACUACAGGGCAUCCACAGCUUUAGGCACCUGGGCUCUCAGCUGUGUGAGAUGGAGCGCCUCAUCGACAAGAUGAUGGUGGCAGACUUCAGCACCUACGCCAAGAGCGACCUGAACCGGCCCUUUGAGGAGGACAGUCAGGUCCUGGAGAAGGUUGGGCAAUCUGGUGCACAAGCUGGGUUUUUUUCACCUCUAAGAAACCACACCAAUGCGAGGGGAAAGGUUUAUGACAGACUGCAGUCUCUUGUCUUUGGGCUCCUGAGGCAAAGGAAGCUGGACUUCCUGGACAUCUAUAGCGAGGAGAUCAUUCAGGCAGCCAAGGGCAUAGUCAGACAGUCUGUCCUCCGAACUGUGUCUCAGAUUGAUGAGAUCGACACCGACGUCGUCAUGAAGCUCCCAGACCAGAUGCGUCUGAUGGUGUUCUGCCAGUGGUUUGAGCUGCUCCAGGACAUAUUUGAGCACUUCAUCCUCUUCCUCAAGAGAAUCAAGGCGACUCUGAGCGUGAUCAGGUGUGUGGUGCUGGAGGUCCUGGACAGCAGCCAGAGGAGCCGGCUGACGGCGGAGGGGCGAGAGCGGACGGGAGACCAGGAGGAGGAGGAGGAGGAGGAAGAGGAGCGUCUGGAGGGCCACCCUCGGGUGGGGACGGAGCUGGCCUACCUGACGCACGAGGGCCUGUUCAUCAGCGACGCUCUGAACGAGGCGGAGACGCAGGCGCAGGAGACCCAGCAGCAGGAGACGACGCGCAGCGCGGCCAUGCACAUGCAGGCGAGGAGGGACGUGUACGGGAGCGACUCGGCCUCGGCCACCACGGAGUCCUCCUCCAGCAGGGAGCACAUCGCCAUGACUACAUCCGCCCUGCCGGGGGGGCUCAACACGGGCCUCAGCAGUGACGACAUGAUGCCCUCCGACCUUGAGCUGGGUCGCGUGGCCAACAACGUCCAGGAGCUGCUGUACACCGCCUCUGACGUCAGCCACGACCGCUGUGUCAAGGUCCUCAUGGCCAGAGCCAAGGAUGGUUCUCUCGAGCGCCUGAGCUCGGCGGAGUUUGUGUGUCUGUCCCAGGAGGUGGAGGGCUUCGUGAAGGAGACGGAGGAACUGUGUGGCAGGCGCAGCGUCUCCCUCCGGGGGGCGCUCCAGAGCCAGGCCAACCGCUUCGUCCACAGGUUCCACGAGGAGCGCAAGAACAAGCUCAGUUUGCUGUUGGACAACGAGCGCUGGAAGCAGGCGGAGGUGCCUGCAGAGUUCCAAGACCUGGUGAACUCCAUCGCUGACGGCAGGAUCACGCUACCCGAUCGUAAAACCUCAGGCACUGAAGAGCGCAAACCAAGUGAUUACUUAACCGUCGAUGGACAAAGAUAUGCUGUUGUUGGCACGGUCCUACUGCUGAUCCGGAUCUUUCUGGAGUAUUGUCAGUGUGUGAAUGACAUCCCCUCCAUCGCCACAGAUAUGCUCACACGCCUCUCAGACUUCCUCAAGCACUUCAACUCGCGGAGCUGUCAGCUGGUGCUGGGGGCCGGAGCGCUCCAGGUGGUGGGCCUCAAGACAAUCACAACCAAGAACCUGGCUCUGGUCUCACGCUGUCUGCAGCUGGUGGUUCACUACAUCCCCAUCAUCAGGGCCCACUUUGAGACCAAGCUGCUGCCCAAACAGUACAGCGUCCUCAGGCACUUUGACCACAUCACUAAAGAUUACAAUGAUCACAUAGCUGAAAUUUCAGCCAAACUGGUGGCAAUCAUGGACAGUUUGUUUGAGAAAGUGCUGUUAAAGUAUGAAGUAAAGGCUCCUAUGCCUUCCAUUUGUUUCCGGAACAUCUGCAAACAGAUGGCCAAAAUGCAUGAGGCCAUCAGUGACCUCCUGCCAGAGGAGCAGACUCAGAUGCUGUUUUUGAGGAUAAAUGCCGGCUUUAAGAUGCACCUGAAAAAGCAGUUGUCUAAACUAGGUGUGGUCAACGAUGGUGCUCCUCAACACGGGCUGGUCGUGGUUGAUGUAGCGUUCUACACAGAGAACGUGCAGGUUCUGCGGUCUCUGGAGCGGCUGGACCUGAACAUGGCUGAGAUCUGGGAGCAGAAGAGGUGAUGGGGGGCCGUGGGGCUCCUGAAGGACAUGUCGUCAUUACGGCCCACGGGAGAGGGAUCUGAAGACUCCAGUGGGACGGGGCGCUGUGUGUGCUUCUGUCUUACUAUCCAGCGUGUCCACAGGGGAUCACUGUCCCCAGUCACUAGUCCAGUCCCUUGCCUUUCUCUGGUGUGUCUCCAGAACGGGGCACGUCAGGGGGUUGGGAACGGCGUGGGGUGGGGCAAGGGUGUUAGGGCGUUUAACACAAUGGAGGAGACACUGGCAUUCAUUUGUGGGGACCAAAACUGGAAAUUGCUGAAAAAAAGGGCAGCAUUUCUUUCAGCCUUUUUUUUUUUUUUCUUAUUUUCUUUCCUUCCUAUUUUGGACAGGGAUGAUUUUUCACGAGUGCAUCCGUGUGCCUCGUACUUGUCACUACACACAAAAGCUCUAUCUGGUCACUCUGGUGUGCAAUGCAAUGGGGAUGAAGAAUAAAGGACGAUUGACUCAAGUAGAGAGAUGUUUGAGAUUUAAGGAGGAGUUGAUUUUCAACAGGGGGGGUAAAGACAUAAAGUAUCAUUUUAUUUCCUGUACAAUUUUUUUUCUAAGGUUUUAACUGUGGUUUUUAGCCGUUCGUUCGUGAACUGAGGGAAGGAAUGAUGACCAGAUCAACUCAUUUGCCAGAUUGAUAUAGAAAAACAUGUAGCCUAGAUCUCAAUGAAGUGGAGGAGGAAUGUGAAAAUGUGUGUAACUGUCACAUUAUCUUGUGUUGGCACAACUUCAACAGAAUCCUGACAGCUCUGUAAAGCAGUACCCUCAGGCUUUCAUGCAAGCCAUUACUGAAGUUGUUAACUGACCUUGGCUCUUAAUAUGCUUGAUUUAAACAAGCAACUUGGACAGACAGCUCUAAAGAUGAUCAGUGAAAUAAAGAACUCUAAACGUAUAUCUUAAUAUAUAAAAAAAUAUAUAGAGGACA